AGAAGUCACCGGCAUGGACGCCAACUCCAAGGGGAUGAUGGGAAAUCACUGAUUUCAUGAGUUCCCAGCGGUGAAGAUCCCCGAGUCCAAGGAUGGUUCAUGUUGGACUCAUAUCUACCUACCUUUUUCCUUACUGUAACUUACCUGCUUUCCAUCUGGUUGGGCUCUAAGUAUAUGAAGAACAGACCUGCAUUUUCUCUCAGAAGUUACCUCAUUGUGUAUAAUCUUGGAAUCACACUACUCUCCUUUUACAUGCUUCUGGAGCUUAUCCUCUCUUCUUGGGAAGGAGGCUACAACUUACAGUGCCAGAAUCUCAACAGUGCAGGGAAAAGUGACAUUCGGGUGGCCAAAGUGUUGUGGUGGUACUACUUCUCCAAAUCGAUAGAGUUCAUGGACACGAUUUUCUUUGUUUUGCGGAAGAAAAACAGUCAGAUCACUUUUCUUCAUGUAUACCAUCAUGCCUCCAUGUUUAAUAUUUGGUGGUGUGUUAUGAACUGGAUACCUUGUGGACAGAGUUUCUUUGGACCAACACUGAACAGUUUUAUUCAUGUUCUAAUGUAUUCGUACUAUGGACUGUCUGUGAUUCCAUCCAUGCACAAGUACCUCUGGUGGAAAAAAUACCUCACCCAGGCUCAAUUGGUUCAGUUUCUUCUGACCAUUACACACACUAUGAGUGCAGUUGUGGCACCAUGUGGCUUUCCCUUCGGGUGUCUCAUUUUCCAGUCUUCGUAUAUGCUCACACUUGUCAUACUCUUCAUAAAUUUUUACAUCCAGACAUACCGGAACAAGCCAUUAAAGAAAGAUCUGAAGGAGAUCCCAGCUGGGAAGGAAAUCAAGAAUGGUUUUCCCAAAGACAACUUGUCUGCAGGCAAUGGCAUAGUGAACAAGAAAGAGCAAUAGACCGGGUGAAGCAGAAUGGGUUCACAGCAACCCGAGAAAAUGUUCCUGAUAAUACAAACUGGGUCCAAUGUUCUAUGUUUUAGUGCAACUGACAGCUGUUAAAAUGUAUAAGCCAUUUGUCCUCAAUUAGAAAAAUGUAUUUCUAUUAAGGUUAAUCAUUAACUCAUUGUUUGUUAACCUUUGGUGCUGAAAAUGACAUUAUCCCUUACACACAUACAUACACACACACACACACACACACACACUUUCUUACGAUGCCUUAUUCACUGACUGUUUCACAUGCAAAUCCAAUCUAUAUGGAGCAGCAUAAAACGUUAGGGCUUUUUUAAUUAAUAUGUUUCUACUAAAUUAGUAAGUCUCUUGCAGCACAGGGUAUGUUCUAUUCUGUUAAGCAAAAUUCAUGGGAAGAAUCCACUGGACUCCUUUGGUCCAGGCUUCAGGGGAGUGGAGGAAGAGGUAGGAGAGAGAUUCUCACAUAUUGCCUCUCUCCCAAACCACAUAAUAUUGGCCCUACUGGAUUGAUUUUUUAAAAAAAGAUGUGCCUCGCACAAUGCCAAAUCCCCUUAACCAGGGGGUUUGGAUUGAAAUCAGGGUCUUGAACAUUUGCAGCUUCAAGUUCCCUCUGCUAUUUGCACAUCUGGUCAGCCUCUGCUUUAGUUCAUUGAUGGACAGCCUGGCAUAUACGCAGGACAUUUAAUGCUGUCUGUCCCCUUCUUCCCUGGGCCAGGACUGGAGUCCGACAGGAUUCUUCUGCCUGAGCCAUACCCCUCACCCAAAUGUGUCCAGAAAUCCAAAAUGGAAUUUGCAGCAUACUGAAAUUCAACCCGAGGGUGAAGCUGCACCAAUACCCUGGGUCACAAUGAAGUUCAUUGAGAUUUUUGAGCACAGAAAGGAGAAAAAGAAAUCUAGAAGAACUCUGUGGAAAACAUUCCCAUGGGAAAUAUUGGGGUGAUGGUGAACCUCCUUACCAGGUUCAAACUCUGUGGUUGAAUUGCUUCCAGAAGCAACCAAUCUUGGGCCCAGAGGAAGGUCUGACGACAGCCUCUCACUCCUCCUUGAGAUUCAACAAUACUGCCACACCAAACCCUCAUAUGGCUUGGAACAAAAUAGAUUUUGGAGAAUACAACGGCAAUCAAUUUAUGCCCUAAACAGUGACUACUGGCUACUUUUGUAACUACAUCUUAGCUAGAGAAAUCUGCGGCAAUCACUCAUGUCAAACAAAAAAAUAGCUUGUUUUCAGUUCAUUUAAUUGGCGAGAGUUGGCUAUGUGAGGCAGAAAAAGAGUAUUUUGCCUUUUACCCAUUCCUCCAGCUCUUUCCUUCUUGGUGAGGACAGAGUAAACUGGCCAACUUUUAUCUGGGCUAGCUCAUUUUCCUGCAAAGCAAUACUGUACUAGCAUGUUCCUUCUAAAGGAAAACCUGCUGGCACCUGAAUUCUUUUCCAUCAGCAUUGUCCUUUUCAAGGCCCAGUGUCCUUAGAGAGGAGGGGACCAAAACUGAAGAAUUCAGUGUUAAACUAUUGAAGCAUUCCUGCUCUAGACCUACUCGGAAAUUGUUAUAAUGCUCUCUUUUCUGGCACUUGACAUUUAAAGCAGGGCCUUUCUGGGUUCCGAGAAGCUUCCAGUGCUACAGUAGAUGGCUGUACUGGAGCAGUUCCUAUUUCUUAGGGUUUGUGCGUGCUUGUGCACCACAUUAAACCAAGAACAGCUGUUGAGACUGUGUUUUUGCCACAAGUAGCUCAAGGCCGCAGUUGAUUUGACACUUCCUGUGGUUUGGCUGGCAGGCAGGUUAAAGCAAACUGUCUAGCUUCAUUCUGUCACCGUGUCCUGAGCAGGCAGUGCCUAAGGAAUAAUAGCGCCUCCUCUAAGGCUGUGACUGACCUUUCCCAGGGUGUCCUGAGGUGUGGGAAGCAAGGGGAGCAAGCCAGCUCUUAAGUGAAUAACAGAUUCCCAAGCAACUAAGUCCGGGGGAGAAACCCAGGAGACUCUGGAGCAAAGGAAGAGCUGCAACUCAGCGGAAAGUCACUGCGUCACCCAUCCUCUUUGAAAGUUUUCACAGAGCUGACAAGUCUGAGGAAAUAACCCAACCUUGGUGUUCAAUUUCAGGACUGUUCUUUUGUUUUUCUAAAACCUAACAAAAAAAAAAAAAAAAAGUAGCGCCUUACUUGAAACAUUCAAGGGCUGGUAAAUACAGACUUCAUCUUUAGUGAAGUCUAAAUUGCAUCAGGUAUGUUCCAAAUACUCUUACCUGUCUCAAAACAUCUUUCAACUGCUGCACUUUUGAAGAAAUUGUUGACUUUUGAAAAGUGUUGUUCUUAGGACGUUUACUGCUGUACAUAAAACUUUUAGAUGUCUAAUCUGUUGCUAGUUACAGAAUAGUUGGGAACAUGGAUGUGCUUAUGUCCUUUAACAUCGUAAAAGCUGUAUUUUUGUGACUAUUAUCAACAAAAUUGUUGCUUGUUUCCCCAUUCUUCUUUGGAGUAAAGUACAGUGGAAUUUUUAUCUGAACAGAAAGGUGAUGGCUCAGUAUUUCUGGUUCAGACUGGGAGAAAAUCAGGCAAAAAAAUGCACAAAGUCUAAAGGGAUUUUCCACCCUGAUGCAAAGAGGGGGAGAAUAUUUCUUAGUGUUUAUGGAUCGGGCAUCAGUUUCUUGUACUCAGACGGAGAACUGAUCCAAUCAGGGUGGAUGCCAAGGCAAUAGAAGGUAUUGUUCUUCCUAGAAUAGGCCUUCUCGGUGAAAGUUGUGGAUUUUUACUUUAAGCUGGCAUGAUGCCACAGUUCAUCAAAGAUGUUUGUAGGUGAGAUGUGCAACUAUUUAGAAAAGAACAAAUAAAUGAUCGCGUCAUACACAGGGAUUUCAGAACUUUUACAGCA